AUGCCAUUCGCCUCUGGAGUCAAUCGUCCAGAUGUCCAUGAGAAAGACAAACCUUGCAAACUAGAGCUGCAUCAAACAGCAUACCUCGACGGCCUACGCGGCUUUGCAGCACUCUUGGUCUUCAGUCUGCAUCACCAAGUCUGGGGGCACUCCGGGACCGGCGGUGAAUUCAUCCUCGAGAAUGCGUUCGGCUGGGACGGAGUGUAUCAGAUUAUCUGCUUCCCAGGCAUUCGCAUACUCUUCUCAGGAGGCCACCUCGCAGUCGCCGUCUUCUUUGUGAUCUCAGGCUACGUCUUGUCUAUGAAGCCUCUCAGCUUGAUACAAGCAGGAGAUGCAACCAGGAUGUCAGAGAACUUGGCGUCUGCGUUGUUUCGCAGAUGGCUUCGACUCUACAUUCCGGUCGCGGGCACGACUUUCCUCUGGAUGACUUCGUGGCACCUCUUCAAGAUCAGGUCGAGCAACCCCAUUGCUCAGAUGCCAGAGUCUACAUAUCUUGGUGAGCUCUGGAAAUGGUAUUGCGAUUUCAAGAAUUACAGCUUCGUCUUCCAAGGCGAAGCUUGGAACGCAUACAAUGAUCACACGUGGUCGAUACCGAUGGAGUUCCGAGGAUCGAUCGUGGUCUACACUUCAUUGUUGGCGCUGUCUGGCUGUGGCAGAAAUUCCCGAUUGCUCUGCGAGUUCGUCCUCCUGUAUUACUUCCUCUACGUCGUGGACGGCUGGUACUGUGGUUUGUUUGUCGCAGGGAUGAUCAUCUGCGAUUUUGAUCAUCUCUCAGCACGAGGACAUCUACCACGUCGACUGCAUGCACUCAAGAAGCACAAGACUUGGAUUGCGUAUCUGAUAUUCGUGAUCGGUCUAUAUCUUGGCGGCGUUCCUUCCAUCUCUAAUGAUAUUUACCAUCUCAGGAAGUCUCCUGGGUGGUACUACCUCUCGUAUCUCAAGCCACAAGCUUUCUGGGACUUUAGAUGGUUUUUCCGGUUCUGGGCGGCAGUUUGCGUUGUCACCUCCACACCCCAUAUUAUCUGGCUCAAAAGGUUUUUCGAGAAUUCAUUCUGUCAGUAUCUUGGUCGUGUUUCGUUCGGUUUCUAUCUUGUUCAUGGCCCCGUGCUAUGGACUCUGGGCGAUAGGCUGUACGCAGCCAGCGGGAGGAUCAGAGAAGGACACAUUGGGGUCAUUCCUGACUGGAUCAAUCUACUGCCAUUACCAGCAGUAGGGCCCUUCGGUCUUGAGAUCAACUAUCUGGUCCCUCAGUUCAUCUUGUUGGCAUUCACAUUAUGGCUAGCGGAGAUAGUCACCAGAUGUCUCGACAAGCUCAGUGUGGAAGUUUCCCAGUGGCUCUACAAGAAAACACUGAUCCAGAGUGAGAGCUCGGGAUCUCACUUUAGUUGGAAACGCGAGAUCAAGGAUUGA